UGCACUGAAAUAUCUUAUCCCAGUAACAUCCACAAAUGCGAUCCGGAAAAGUGGGCUAACACCAAUUCACUCAGCAGCAGAUGGGCAAAAUGUCCAGUGCCUAGAACUGCUCAUUGAAAAUGGUUUUGAUGUCAACACUCCGCUCGCUGACCACAUUUCUGCGAGCUACGAUGAUGAGAGGAAGACUGCGCUGUAUUUUGCAGUUUCUAAUAACGAUAUCCAUUGCACAGAGGUUCUUCUGAAUGCAGGUGCGGAUCCAAACCUAGAUCCCCUCAACUGCCUGCUUGUGGCAGUGAGGGCCAACAAUCAUGAGAUCGUCCGGCUGCUUCUCUCCCAUGGAGCUAAUGUCAAUUGCUAUUUUAUGCAUGUGAACGACACGCGUUUCCCCAGUGCCAUUCAAUAUGCCCUAAAUGACGAGGCGAUGCUGCGGCUGCUGCUGAAUAACGGCUAUCAAGUGGAGCUGUGCUUUCAGUGCAUGCACGGAGACAUCUUCGGGAAUUCGUUUGUGUGGUCAGACAUCGAGGAAGAGGUGCUGCCAGGGUGGACAUCUUGUAUAAUCAAGGAUAACCCGGUGAGUUACAUCCUUUU